GCCAGAGAGCGAGAGCAUCUCAUCUGUUCAUCCAGCGAGCAACACCUGCGCCAACUAUGUGAAGGUUUCCUUCAGCGCAUCUCUGACCAUGCUGUUCCCUGCCUCCAAGUCCGAUGUGAAAUCUGUUCUGGACGGCGUGGCAGAAACCACGUUCAGAACCAUCACUUCUGGACUGCAGUACAUUGGUAAUAACGACGUCGGCUACGGAGACCUCAUCAUUGACGGUGACUUCGGCAAAGGCGGAGGAUACCCUCUGCCGAAGCCGUUCGCAGCCUACCGCAGAAGCUCCUUCGCUGAUAAAGUGGGCCCGGAUGAGGAGCUCAUCAUAAAAGGUAUUCCCUUUUACCCCACGAACAGCUCCGAUGUGUUUGGGAACUUCAGCCUCGGAGAUGAAGGGAGCAGUCUGCAGUGCGGGGAGAACUUUAUGGACAUGGAAUGCUUCAUGAUACUGACUCCUAGUCAACAGCUCGCCAUAGCCGUGUUGUCUCUCACGUUGGGGACUUUUACAGUACUGGAGAACCUGGUGGUGCUGUGCGUGAUACUGCAGUCUCGUACCCUGCGCUGCAGGCCCUCCUACCAUUUCAUAGGCAGCUUGGCCAUCGCCGACCUGCUAGGCAGCGUCAUCUUUGUCUACAGCUUCUUGGACUUUCACGUCUUUCACCGCAAAGACAGUCCGAACGUGUUUCUGUUCAAGUUAGGGGGCGUGACGGCCUCGUUCACCGCGUCUGUGGGAAGCCUGUUCCUCACCGCCAUCGAUCGAUACGUUUCUAUCCACCGUCCGCUGGCGUACAGGCGCAUUGUGACGCGCACCAAAGCCGUGAUCGCCUUCUGCGUGAUGUGGGCGAUCUCCAUUAUCAUCGCCGUGCUGCCGCUGCUGGGCUGGAACUGCAAGCAGCUCAACUCGGUCUGCUCUGACAUCUUUCCGCUCAUCGACGAGAACUACCUGAUGUUCUGGAUCGGCGUGACCAGCGUUCUGGUCAUCUUCAUUAUCUACGCUUACAUGUACAUCCUCUGGAAGGCCCACCACCACGCGGUGAGGAUGCUGCGGCGCACGUCUCAGAAGAGCCUGGUGGUCCACUCCUCCGACGGCACCAAGGUCCAGACCGCCAGACCGGAUCAGGUUCGCAUGGACAUCCGUUUGGCCAAAACGCUGGUUCUGAUCCUGGCGGUGUUGGUGAUCUGCUGGGGGCCUCUGCUGGCGAUCAUGGUGUAUGAUCUGUUCUGGCGGAUGGAUGACAACAUUAAGACAGUGUUUGCGUUCUGCACUAUGCUCUGCCUGCUCAACUCCACCAUUAACCCGAUAAUCUACGCUCUCAGGAGUAAAGACCUGCGGAGGGCCUUCCUCGCCACCUGCCAGGGCUGCAGGAGCACCUCCAGCACGACCCUGCAGCUGGACAACAGCCUGGAGUCAGAUUGUCAGAGGAACCAGCACAUCGCCGCCAAGCGUGCGGCCGAGAGCUGCGUCAAGACCACUGUGAAAAUAGCCAAAUUGACAAUGUCCGUCUCAGCGGAGACAUCGGCCGAAGCCGUUUGAUUGCACCGCCGGCCGGGUGAUGUUCGGAUGCACCUCGUCUCAAAAGAAUGUCACGGAAAGUUACAUGCAUAAAGUUCAAAACACAAAGCUGCUUGAGUUAUCAUGGUUUGAUGAAGUGUUCACUAUGACAUUUCAUCACUUAAGUGCCAAAUUUGAUUUUUUUUUUUUCCUCUCAGAAAAGGUUCUCACCCAGUAAAUGAAUUUGUUGGGGCUUUUUUGUUGUUGUGUGCCCUUAUAUUUAAUUGUAACGUGUGGAUGUUGUGCGUGCUUUAUGAAAGUUUACUAUAUUUUUAUACUUUGAAUUUUUUUUUUUUGAACAAUGAUAUCUUCUCACAUGGGAAUAAGGGGCUAA